GCUCAAACUCGUUUCUCUUCUUCUCUCCCGUUUCAGGAAGGCUCCGUGAGAACAGCAGCCACACGGAGCGCAAGUCUUUGAUUUUUUUUAUUUUAUUUUUUAUUUUCUGGAAACCCCAGGGGGGAAAAAAGACAGAAAAAUGCCGAAAACGGUCAGUGUUCGGGUCACCACCAUGGAUGCGGAGCUGGAGUUUGCCAUCCUGCCCAACACCAUUGGCAAGCAGCUCUUCGACCAGGUGGUAAAAACUAUUGGUUUACGUGAAAUCUGGUACUUUGGACUGCAAUAUAUAGACACCAAAGGUUACCCCUCUUGGCUAAAACUGGAAAAAAAGGUGUCACAGCAGGACGUGAAGAAGGAGAACCCGCUACAGUUCAAGUUUCGGGCCAAGUUCUUCCCGGAGGACGUGUCCGAGGAGCUGAUCCAGGAAGCCACCCAGAAAUUCUUCUUCCUGCAGGUGAAAGACGCCAUCCUGGCUGACGAGAUCUACUGCCCACCAGAAACGGCCGUGCUGCUGGCCUCCUACGCCGUUCAGGCCAGGUUUGGUGACUACAACAAAGAAGUUCACCAGCGUGGAUACCUGCUGUCUGAACGGCUGCUGCCUCAAAGAGUCAUGGAGCAGCACAAGUUAUCCAAAGAGCAGUGGGAGGAGAGGAUUCAGGUGUGGCACGAGGAGCACUCCGGCAUGUUGAGGGAGGAUGCUAUGAUGGAGUACCUGAAGAUCUCCCAGGAUCUGGAAAUGUAUGGAGUCAACUACUUUGACAUUAAGAAUAAGAAGGGAACAGACCUGCGGCUGGGAGUGGACGCGCUGGGACUCAACAUCUACGAGAAAGAUGACAAAUUGACCCCAAAGAUUGGCUUCCCCUGGAGUGAAAUCAGAAACAUCUCCUUCAACGACAAGAAGUUCGUCAUCAAGCCUAUUGACAAGAAGGCUCCUGAUUUUGUAUUUUAUGCACCGAGGCUGAGGAUCAACAAGCGCAUCCUGCACCUGUGCAUGGGCAACCAUGAGCUGUACAUGCGCCGCCGCAAACCAGACACGAUUGAGGUUCAGCAGAUGAAGGCUCAGGCCAAAGAGGAGAAGCAGCAGAAACAGUUGGAGAGGGCCCACCUGGAAAGCGAGAAGAAGAAGCGGGAGGCCAUCGAGAAGGAGAAGGAGCUGAUGGAGCAGGAGAAGCAGGACCUCAUGAUGAGGCUCUACCAGUUUGAGGAGAAAACCAAGAAGGCAGAGAAAGAGUUGCAGGACCAGAUGCAGAGAGCCAUGAUGCUGGAGCAGGAGAGGAGGAGGGCAGCGGAGGAGGCCGCUCGUCUGGAGUCCGAGCGUCAGGCAGCCCUGCUGGCUAAAGAGGAGCUGGCCCAGCAGGCCGAGAGUCAGAAGAAGACUCACGAGCAGCUGGCUGCUGAGCUGGCGGAGCACUCAGCAAAGAUCGCCCUGCUGGAGGAGGCCAGGAGGCGCAAAGAGGAGGAGGCUCAGGCAUGGCAGAGCAGGGCCCAGGAGGCCCAGAACGACCUGGUCCGGACCAAGGAGGAGCUGCACAUGGCCAUAACGCCGCCGCCGCUGCCGCCGCCGCCCCCUCCCAUGUACGACCACAUGGACGACAGCAGCGACAGCGAGGAGAACAACAACACGCACAGCGCCGACCUGCUCGUCGAAGGCUUCAACGACCACCGCAACGAGGAGGAGCGCCUGACGGAGGCCGAGAAGAACGAGCGCGUCCAGAAGCAGCUGAGGGCCCUGACCUCCGAGCUGGCCCAGGCCCGCGACGAGUCCAAGAACACCCAGAACGACAUCCUCCACUCGCAGAACGUGCGGGAAGGCCGAGACAAAUACAAGACCCUGCGACAGAUCCGGCAGGGCAACACCAAGCAGAGGAUCGACGAGUUCGAAGCCUUAUAGGAGGCCUUGUUCCCCCUUUCUGAACGGUCUCUACGCCCCUCUGCCGACGAGAGGUCAAACAAAGACGUUAACACACACACACACACACACACACACACACACACACACACUGGUGGUUAAAGCUGGAGCACCACAGAAGAACAGAGAUUAACUCUUUCUGAGUUUGUCAUGCAGGAAUCAGGGCUUUCUAAACUUUCUUUUUUGUUUUGUUUUUUUAAGUAAACUUGGUGCCAAAACCGCCUGUCCUCUUUCUCCUUGUUUUUAAUGAUUCGAUUUAGCGUCUACUUUUGUUCAUUUAGAAAGAAAACCACUUUCUGUGGCCCUGCAGAGGGAGUCGUCACGUUUUAUCAUGGUGUUACGUAAUCAAAGCCUCGUUUCUUUUCAUGUCUGGCAGGUUUCUGUUUUUGUUUGUUUUCCAGCGAUCAAUCAGAAAGGGCGAGACAGUAUACGCAGGAAAAUGUACGUUUGUUUUCCAUGUUUGAACACUUCCAUUUAUGUUUAUUAUUCCUCUAAAGUAGAAUAAAAUCAUGCUUAGUUAUAUAUUUAUACUGUAGAUGGGAUGUGAAAAGGGUUUUUUGUCUUGGUUUGUAUAUUUUUGCUGUCUACUAAUAAAAGCUUUUAUUGUUUCCUACGUAUUAACCUAAACACUAGCAGUUUUACGUUCCGUAUGUUUUCCUUUAGAUCACUUUAAUAAAGAGAUUUAAAUGUAAAUUAUUAUUUUUAUUGUGGAUGAAAUUCUGCUGCUUCUGAUUAAAUGUUAUCGCUGCCUCUCUUUACAUCUUCAGAGCUCUGUGCUGACAGACACGUGUAGGUUUGUCUAUUUUUGUUUUGUUUUGUAGAACGAGAUGAACGUCUUUUUUUUUUGUGAGAUUUCAACCUCCUAAAGUGGCCUUUUUGAGUCGCCGCCCCUUUAUGUUGAUGUUUUUUUUUUCUUUGAGGUUAAAUUGAGGUUUAAACAGACCUGAACGUUAGAAAACCACAGUAGCAUUUUACUGCUGCUGUAAUGCAAACGCACCGCUCUGCUGGACUUUGUAUAUAACCAGGAUUUUAUACAGAGGUGUACAACUUAUCGGCAAUAAAGAGACUUCAUUUUA